AUGGGUGGAUUCGUACUCCCUAGGGAGCUCCUCGUCCUUAACUUUCUGCAUUCUCAACCAUCAACACCAUUUUAUCCAUAUUUGUACACCAAUAUCCUGAAAAUCGGAAGGGCUCUGCCUGCCUCCCUGUCCCUUACAGCCUGCGGAGGAGAAGCUGUAGAUGCAGUGGGGUGGGAUGCGGUGUAUGCUGAGGAAGGCAUCAAGGUGAAAGUGCUGGCAGCAGCACAGCAGCGGCGACAUACCUUCACCCAGAAAGACCUUUCGCAAUACCUCUCGCCCUCCUUUUUUUUCAUCUUCUCUCCCUUCUUCCCUCCCAUCAAACGAGGAGAACACCUUCACCCAGCGGGAUCAGCCAUGAUCUACCUCCCCCCUCCCCACAGUUCCUUGUUCCUCCGUCUAACUCCUCCUCACUCCCUCUGUCUGCCAAACGAUAUAGUGGAGGUGCUGUCUCAGGACAAUGAGGACACUCCCAGAGAACAGGACAUACCUGUUCACUUUCCUCCUUCGCACACCUGUUCCCUCUCUCUUCAUCCCCUCUCCCUUGCCAGUCGGUGGAGGUCGGCAGUCACGAUCGCUCGAGGGGUAUUUUCGAAGGACUCGAUAAUGGGCCAUCUAAUGAGCUCUACUCGAAGAGUAUCUGUCAAAGCAAACAAGGGGGAUAGUGGACUAAGCGACUAUAGAACCAGCAGCACGACUUGGAUUGAUCCCUCCAAAGACUUGAGUGCAGCUGGUAAGGUGUGCAUGAAGAUUCGAGGAUGUGCCAAGCUCAUAGCGGGAAUCGUAGAUUUUGAACGGCUUGCCACGUCAGAGCUCCAGCUGGUGAAAUACGAAGUGGGCCAGGAGUAUAAGGCUCACUAUGACGGUCGCAUGCUGCCAGACGGCACGCUUGAAGCUCGUGGGACGUUCCUUGUGUACCUGAAUGAUGGCUUCGAGGGUGGGGAGACGUACUUUCCAAACGUAGGCAUCAAGGCUGUGGCCAUCUGGGAGAAGCGCGGUACGCUGCUGCGGAUGAAGGAUUAUGCACCGAUCCGUGCAUCUGCUGAGUACCCUACGAUCGCUGAAAUCUUUUGCCUUUGGAGGAAACGGGCUGCAGAGGUGCAGGAGCAGCGUCGUGCUCUGUUCUUCUCCCCAACUCACUAUCCCACUGUCGAGGAGGCGGUCUCGUGGAGCACAUCUUAUGCGGACCAGGAAGAGCAGCAAUCGGAAGCAGAGGUCGUAGAGGAGGUGGACUCGUGGAGCACGUCUUAUGCGGACCAGGAAGAGCAGCAAUCGGAAGCAGAGGUCGUAGAGGAGGUGGACUCGUGGAGCACGUCUUAUGCGGACCAGGAAGAGCAGCUAGCUGAAGCAAAGGUCGUAGAGUUGGUGCUCCCGCUGCUUGAUGCUUCAGAGGGCGAGGGCUCGGGGGAUGAUUUCGAUCUGAGCAGCAGUGACGCCAGGAUCUUCGGAGUGAAGGCAGUUCUGGUGGAGAAAAUGCUGGUGAUUGCGUCUGGCGUGAGAGGUGGAGAUAAGGCAGAGCCGUCAAGUGCAUUGGCUGCUCCUGGUGAAGGUUUUAAGGUGUCAGGAGCAGCGGCACAGGACAAGAAGCAGAAGGAACAGCUGCAGUUCAGGGCAAGAGGCAGGAAGGAAGAGUAA